AUGACUGAGGUUCGCUCCCAGUACUCCCAGUGCUCCCAGUUCAGCCUCUUGCAGCAGCGGGAGGGCAGAGCUGCCCACGCAGGCGGGCUGAGCACGGCGCUGUGCUCUCGGUUGUGCCUGCUGCAGCUCCUCUGCUUUCUCCCCGAGAACCAGUCGGACCAGUGGGCCAGGGCUGGAGCCCAGCCUCGCUGCAGGGAGGCAGCCGUGUCACCAGGGGACAGGCAGGACGUGCCAGGCUCCAGCACAGACAGGGCUCAGCAGCAGCGCCAGGCUGGGAUAACGAGAGCAGCUCCUGUGGCACAGGACAUGGACCUCCACACAGGACAAGAGCCCGUCAGGGUCCUCGGGGUUGUCUUGGGCAUCGGGCUGGCCCUGCUGAUCCUGGCCAGCUUUGGCUACACCUUCAUCCGCUGGUACCGGCGGGGACAAUGCCAGCGCCGGCCUGACUUUGUCUUCAGCCUCUACCACUCGCGCGGGCUGGGCUCGGUGGCACUGGAGCUGGUGCCACCCUUCAGCAUCAGCGGCUCGCUGGGCACCUCGGGCAGUGCCUACGAGCCCUUCCACAGCCAGAGGCCGUGAGGGGAGAGCUGGGCUGCUGAGCAGGCCUUGGUUUGUGUCUCCUUUCCUGCUGUCCCAGGCACAGAGGAUGGGGCUGGAGCCCCGGGUGCUCCUGCAGAGCUUCCCCUCUCUGCCUCUCACUCACAGCCCAGCACCAACAGAAAAAGCAACCAAAACUGCCCGGGGGGAAUUCCUCCGUUUUCACUUCUGUAAGAAACAGCCCCUGAAUUUGUUGGAUUUCAACCCAAAUGGCCACGGUGCAGUUUCUGUUGCUGAAAAAUCUUCCCAGGAUCACAGAAUCCUUGGGGCUGGAAAGGACCUCUGGCCCAACCGCCCUGUGCCCAAGGUCACCAGGAGCAGGUGACACAGGAACUCACCCAGGUGGGUUUGGGACAUCUCCAGAGAGGGAAACUCCACGAAUUCCCUGGGCAUCUCCUCCACCUGCAGCUCCCUCACUGGGUCCCUGCAGCCACGAGUGCACAGGAGGUGCCUGGGCUGGUGCUUGGGAUGGAGGAAGAGGAUGCAGCUUUGUCCAGGAUUCCUCAGCAUCCUGCAGAAAACAUUCCCCACGGCUCAGAGACCUCCCAGCCUCCUGCACACCAGAGCCCUGGCACCAGGCUGGUCCUCAGGGAACCAGCUGAGGAGCAGCCCCAAAACUGGGUGAGUGCAUUGGUGCAACUGCAGAAAACACCGAGAGGAAAUGGGAAAUCUGUCUCAACCCUCCUCCUCCUCCUCCAUCCAGUACCUGCACCCACAUGGAUGGAAGUUGGUUCUCCACACUCCCAGUGCAAGGAAACGCCUCAGAAAGCCCCUGUGGAAGUUCCUUGUGGAUUUUUGGUGCCACUUGCCUUUGUUUUCAGCAGAACAAGGGGCUGUGAAGUUCCUGGAGCACAGGAACAGCCCUGGGGAGGUUCUGUGGCCACAGAGAGGGGCCCUGCUUGCCCAGGGGGGCUGGUGAGGCACGGUGGGGAGCCUUGGGACCAUUUCUUUGCAAGUUUCUCUCAGAAGAAAAAGGAAAAACUCACGAGAGCCACGUGGCUGUGUGCGUAGGGAAACCAGUGAGGACAGAGCGGGAUUUCCAGGGAAAUUUCAGAAUUCAGAGGGACCAGCUGUGCUCUCGGCCACCGAAACUGAACCCUGUGGUCUGCGGCUUUCUCCUGGCUCAAAGGAGACCUCUGACUGCUCAGGGGAAGGGGAAAUGCAGCUGCUGGGGGCUGGGAGCCCUCGUUGUGAGCAGGACCCAGCAGAGCCCUGCGUGACGCAGGAUCCGCCCGUGGGGCCCGACGUCAGCGGCGUUCAAAAGAAAAACAAAAAAAAGCGCCACGUUUUUGAUGACUGCAUUUUCCAGAGGAAGUUGGAAAAAAAUAAAAAGAAAGCAAAAAGUUUUAACCCUCAAAAUGCACAGAGGAGAAGAGAUGGGGCCAGUGGAGGGGCAGGAGGAGGCUCUCAGUGCCCUCCACAUCCCUGUGGGAUGCAGGGAUGGAUCUCAUGUGUGAGCAGUGCCAUGUAAGAGAGGUGUAAAAGAAGGAAACACAAAGGAUCAGCCCCCUCCUCCUGCCUGCGCUGGAAAAGCUGAAAAGAAACCCAAAAAACCCUUCACCUGAAAACCACAUUCCCCCAGGAGGGUUUCCCACCCUGAAGGUUCCUGGAAAUGACUUCUGGAAAAACUUCCCUGAGACCUGGAGGAGCUGCUGGUGAGCUCACCCUGUUUCCACUCUGAUGACAGCUGUUCACAGAAUCGAUUUGUUUGGAAAAGACCUCUGAGGUCAUGGAGCCCAACCUGUGACCGAGCACCACGUUGCUGAGCAGAGCCCUGGCUCUCGCCUUUCCUCCACCCCUGGGUUUGAUUUGUCCUCCUGUCCCUCCCUGGGGCUGUCCCAUGGGAUGUGCAUCCCUGUGGGACCACUGGGAGAGCCCAGCUCCUUUUCCAUUCCUAUGGGAUCACUGGGAGAGCCCAGCUCCUUUUCCCUGUUGCUCCUCUGGUGAUUGCCCCCACAAAUUCCUGAGAAGCUCCUGGAGACCUGGCUUAGUUCUCCUUUUUCCCAGUUAUGACGUGGAAAUUCCCCUCCACACACGAGGCAAAGGCACAUUGCAUCCUGCUGAUGGACAACAUCCAAAUCUGGAAACAGACAGCUCAGCUUGGCCUCAGGAGAGGAUAAACAGGCAAAUAGACCAAAUAAAUAACACAUCCUUUCUGUAUUUACAAAUGAAAUGCAAUAAAUAGUGUCUGUGUCCGAGAGUGGCAGAACACAGACCAUAG